UAAUUCCUGGUCUUGUCUUUGGCCUUUUCUCCUUGCUAUUCUUAUCUUCUCUUUGCUUGGGUUGGUGGAUUUUUUUUAAUCUUUUCACACACACUGUUCAAUAAGGAGCUUGUUCUUUCAAGUCCCAAGAUUAUCUUAUUCUGAUCUCUCACCCUCAAAAUCUCUCUUCUUUGGCAUAUUUUCUCUAUUGUUUUUCCAAGCUUCCCUAGUGAUUUCUUGUCUCCUUUUUUUUACUCAAUUCGGUCUACUUUAUCAACGUUGAUUUUGUUUAUUUUUUAUUUUUUUUCUAAGCUUUAAGCCUUGCAAUUCUUCAAAGAUCUAGAGACCUUUAUUUUUUUUUGUUUCUCUCUCUCUCUCUCUCUCUCUCUCUCUCUCUCUCUCUCUCUAUAAUAGGAACCCAUCUACCAAACUAUUCUUUCUUCUCAACUUCCAUCAUGACCGAUCCCUACUCCAAUUACUCCAAUGGAUGGUUCAACCUCAAUCCUCUUUAUCACAUCUCUUCUUCCCCUUCUUCUUCCGAUCAAUCUUUGUGUUCUCCUCGGUAUGACUUCAACAAAUUGUACUACAAUAACUUCAACACCAACAACUAUCAUUACUCACCCCCCUCUCCCCCUCUCAGAGAAGCUCUUCCCCUCCUCAGUUUAGGCCCAACAAGGUAUGAUGAACAAGAGUCCUCCUGCAAUACUGCCAUGGAAGUGGACAUGAACAAGGGGAAGGAAGAGACCACCUUAUCCAGCUCUGCUGAUGAUGAAACUGUGACAGUAGCUCUACAUUUAGGGCUUCCAAGUCCUAGUUCUACGGAUCUCAUCUCAAGGCUCUCCUCUUCAGAGACAGAAGACAAGGAAGAAGUCACUGUUGCGUCUGGGUAUUCUUCCACAGGCAGUACUCUCAUCAAGGGUCAGUAUUGGAUCCCAACGCCUUCUCAGAUUCUGAUUGGUCCUACUCAGUUUGCUUGUCCUCUUUGCUUUAAGACCUUCAACAGAUACAACAACAUGCAGAUGCAUAUGUGGGGGCAUGGAUCUCAGUAUAGAAAAGGGCCAGAGUCUCUGAGGGGAACACAGCCAACGGCCAUGCUUAAACUCCCAUGCUUUUGCUGUGCACCCGGGUGCAGGAACAACAUCGAUCAUCCAAGAUCAAGACCACUCAAAGACUUCAGAACCCUUCAGACACAUUACAAGAGAAAGCAUGGAAUCAAGCCUUUCAUGUGUAGGAAGUGUGGUAAGGCCUUUGCUGUGAGAGGUGACUGGAGAACCCACGAGAAGAACUGUGGGAAACUUUGGUACUGUGCUUGUGGGUCAGAUUUCAAGCACAAGAGGUCCCUCAAAGAUCAUAUCAAGGCAUUUGGGCAUGGCCAUGCAGCUUAUGGCAUCGACUGCUUCGAAGAAGAGGAUGAACCGGCAUCUGAAAUUGAGCAAGACAACGAAUCCUUGCAUAGUUAAAAUGUAAUCAGCUGUCUCCAUAUUAUAAGUAAAUUACCUAGCUAUAUCUCUCAUUUUGGGCUGACAUUGGGUUGUUUACUUAGUUAAGUGUAAUCGGUUGGCACUACGAUUACCUUUGAUCCAUGUUCUAUCUCUUUAAUUUACUUCCUUUUUCUCUACUGUUUUUUUUCCCCUUCAUUAGAACUUCCUAGCUAGUACUGUUGGAGAGAAUUAAAUAACGUUAAUAUUAAACCCCCAGUUCCUGUAAA